AUGGAUCAAAUCAACAAAUUGAUACCCUUGUGGAAACAAUUGUAUUAUAAAUGGAAGUCUCUGAGAACAAUUCCGUUGAGAAAGAAGUUUUUUGUUGGUUAUGAUCUGACCGGGAAUACAUAUUGGGAGUUCUUUGUCGAGCGCAAAAAGGGGAUACGACCCCGCAGACUUUACCAGCCAUAUAAACCCCAGGAAUUCAUUGUCGACUACUACGAAAACAUCCCUGUCCAGUGGCUGCAAGAAUUCAACAACUUGCCCGGCUCAAAGACCAACAGCUACAUUAUCAAGAGCUACAGAAAGACGAAGCCAUAG